CCCCAAAGCAUCCGUGCCAGGAUAAUCGGCAGCUCGACAUGCGAUUCGAUCAAGAGUGCCGUCCGACCUGUGGCUAGUGAGGGGCGAAUCUGCGGGUACGCGACCUCAUAACCGGCUGACGAAACCCUGGAUCUGCAUGACAUUUUCCAAGUGCAGUAAAGAGACCGGCGGGCUGUGGUGACGAUCUAUAAGUCAAUCGCCACUUUGCAACGACUUUGCUCGCUGCAACGAAUUAUGGACGUCGACGGCAUGCAAUAAUGUACAUGGGUAUGAACAGGUCAAAAAGUAUGGCCACCGCUGCUGCUGGGCGUCGGCUUCUGGAUUGUUUGUACCAUUGUUGCCAGACAUGAAGCGCUGACACUACGAACGUUGACUCUCCGCCAUUUGCUUUUAUUACUACUACUUUCUUUACAACACUCGCUCCGCAUAUAUGCAUUCGUUAAGAGGAUGGAAUUGGUUGGCUCUGGGUGGUCUGGUUGGACUGGUACACAGCGCUGCAUUGCCUGUUAUUACACCUGCGCCGCAACCAGACCGAGUUGGCAUUCGAUCACUAAAGCAUAGGCAAGACCCUGAUGCCAUCGAAAUAUUACAAGUGCUUAUUACUGCACUACCACUUUCGCUACGGCAAAUCGCUGCGACGAACAUACCCGCAGUUUCGAGCAUAUUAUGGGAGGAAUUCUUGGACGACAACCGGCCAGACUGGUUCAACGAGCUUCCAUAUGAUAUACAGUCUUACUUCAUACAAGAAUUCGGACCAGCGACGGCAGCGCCACCUGCGAGUGAAGCAUUGCCCACUGAUGUUACCGCAUCCGCAACGGAGGUACCAACAGGGGCAGCCUCGAAUAUAGAUUCGUCAGUACUAGAAACACUGUCCACUAGUGCGGUGGAAUCUUCUACGACAUCAGGAUCCGAAGGCUUGAGUACAACACCUACGCCUACGCCAUCUUCGACUAGUCUCUCGAGCGAUAUAUCCAGUCUGGCGUCAUCCUCGGAAUCUUCUUCUGCGUCUUCAACUAUCUUUUCAACUUCAUCAUCGCCAUCGAGUUCCUCUGCGACUCCAAGCUCGACCACAGAUCCUAUAGCGCCCGCAUCCAGCGAUUCUGGCCUGACAAGACGCGAGAAAAUCGGGCUGGGUGUAGGUGUGCCACUAGCCGUACUUGCGAUUGCCGCAAUAUUGUUUGGAUGCUGCUUUAUCCUGCGCAGAAGGAGAAGAAGAUCCAUUGAAGGCAGUCAACCCCCCUCAUCACCCGGCUUCAUUCCUCGUUUCUCAUUCCAGGACCGAGGCCUAAGCGUCGAGAAUUUCGAACACAGGCGACCCUUGAACCCCGCAGCACAACAGAAAAGCCGGUUUGUGGAAGACAUGAACUGGGAAGAUGAUGGCUAUGACCCGGCCCCUAUGUCUACAGCCUACCAGGGCCAUACGAUACCACCGGCUGCAGGCGUGUCUCACCCUAACCAAGGGUAUUCUAUGCCAGCAGAAUCAACACCAAUGACGAUGCAAGACAACCACACGCCCAUUCUAGCGCCCGCGCUCUACCAUAGCCACUCGUCAAACCGAGCCCGUGGCCGACGAACAAGCUACACUAGUCUUCACUCUGUGGCCGAAGUUACAGAACCUGACGACGAAAUGAACGGAGAGUCCCCUAUCUUAGGGCGUCACAACUCACCCCCCAAGACAGGUCCUCGAAGACCCGGUAUGUCUGCCUUGGACACGCUACCUGUUCCCGCCGUAGCGAGCAUAAAGCGAAAGCCUGUACCCACAAGUCCGAUCAGUAGCCCUGCAGCGGAAGCAUCCCGAGGCCUCCUCCGACCCUCUCUGGCACAAAACACCGCCGAUCAUAGUGGUAGCAGUUCCUCCGGUCUUGCCGUCUCCAGUAUGUCUUCCAACUCUGGGCACGUAUACCACUCAGACGAUUCCGCGCCCAUUUCUCCCAUUACGCACCAGAAAACGUCUUCGAACCCCUUUGCAGGCGGAUAUUCCUAUCUUGAGGAUUACGGCCCUGAGUAUUCGAACGAUGGGUACAACGACCAGGAUGACGAGCUGUAUGGCGGACACAGGACUUUAGAUCGGUACCCAGACCCCAAUCCGCCGAUGAGAAAGAGCAGCAAGACAGAAUGGCCAUUGAGAAACGUCAUGGGCGGCGGUGGUCAGAAGAGGACGAGAAGUCCCAUGUGGGAUCGUGUUUAUGAACGUGUAUGAUGCAUGGUAACGAACGAUUUCCUUUGUUGUACAUAUGCACAUUUUUGCAUGCUAUGAUCUGGCACUGGCGUUUUGUUUUUAAGGAGUAUGAGUGUUGAUGAUAUCCACUCCUUGAAGCGACGAUACACAGCGUCUUUGUACGCAUGUUCUUGAUUUUGUUCUUGUAUACCCUCCUUCGCAGUAUACAUAGGAGCCUCAGCAGUUAGCCCAGGCGAGAAAUUCAUAUCACCAUAAUGUCA